AUGUCGAGCGAAGGAAAGAAGAUUCGAAGGUUCACUGGCUUCCAUGACGAUGGAGCAUCUAGCACAAAGGUAGGCAGUGGGGGCUGCUGGUGGUUAUGGCAGUGUGGAGGUGCCGGGCGAGCUAGUUAUAGGCGCCAGAAAGGAGUAGGCGUUGAUGUGGAGUCGUCAAGCAAACUGUUCGUGCAAGGAAUGUGGGAGAGGCGUGUAGGAGGGGCUACUGCGCUAGUUGGGCACACUAUGUGCGACGAGGUGUUGGGCGUGCAAGAGGGGUUGGGGCGAGCCCAUGGUGAGGAUGACGCCGGAGAGGCACUUGGAGUUGUUGGAAGGGCGCCCAUGGCGCUAGGCACUAACGUGUUGAGCGCCAUUGGAGAGGCGACGGGUGCUGCUUGUGAAGCAAGACUGGUACUCCAGUGCACUGGACAAGGAUUGGUGAGUGUUGAUAUGGCCUUAGGAGACACUGGGCUUGGCCAGACAGAUGUGCAGACUGUGUUGGAUGGAUGA